AUGAAGUCCACAAGUCUGACUGCAGUGGUCCUCAGCCUGCUAAGCCAACAAGUCUUCGCAAACUGGUAUGGAAAAAGUUACUAUGGUGGCUUCGGAGGUGGAUACGGCAGCGGCUAUGGAAGCGGAAGUGGACUCAGUGGCUUCGGGAGUGGCUUCGGUGGCGGAUACAGCAGCGGAUUAGGCAGUGGGUUUGGAAGUGGAAGCUGGCUGAGCGGUGUCGGAGGCGGCCUCGGAGGUAUAUACGGUAUCGGAAAUGGACUGAGUGGAUUCGGUGGAAACGGUGGCUUGUGGGGAUACGGCUAUGGCAGCCCGAGGGCCGUUCUUUACCCCAUUGUUUUGCCAAGCGGAAGCUUCUGGGGACCUAACGGUGGAUGGUACGGAAACAGCCCUGCCGGGUACUGGGGGCCUUCGAGUUCUCCAUACAGCGUAUGGUUUUCCGGACCAUCUAGUGUUAGUCAACCUGGCGCUGGAAUGUGGGGUCCCCGCAUGAUAGGUUCACCUUCCACCUGGUACACGUGGGGCAAUCUUGGUGGUCAAAGUCCUUGGGGUGGGCUCUACAGAAUGCCGGUGCUUGGAGGAACCGGAGACCUCGGCGGAGUCGGACCAAGCUUGUACGAUGGCAGUUACGACGACAGCGCUUCUGUGGGUAGCAUCAGUCCAUCUAGCUGGAGUAGCCAAAAUGGCGGUUCUGGAUUUCCGGGAAGCUUCAGCAUCUUCAGCAGCCUCAGUGGUAGCAGGGCCCCGCAAAGCGGAUUUGGCGGCAGUUUCAGUUUCCUUGGUGACGACACCGACAGCUAUAACAGUCUGAGCAGCGGAAGUGGCAGUUACGGCAGUGUGGGCAGUCUGCCUAGUUUUGUUCAACUGGGAGGACUAAGUGGAUAUGGCAGCAUGGGCUACUAUAGCAGUCCCUACAUGAGAAUGUUGUGCCGUGUCACGGGUCUCUCGCCAAGUAGACUGCAGCGCCUUUACAGGAAAUAG